AUGUCACAAGAGUUGUCCCCCGUGAAGCCGUCCCUCGGGCGCACCGCGUUCGUCACCGGCGGCGGGCAGGGCAUCGGGCGCGCGAUCGCGCUCCGCCUGGCCCGGGACGGGUACGACAUCUCCAUCGCGGACAUCCCGCCCGCGAAGGAGAAGGUCGACGCGGUCAUCAAGGAGAUCGAGGCCUACGGCAGAAAGGCCGUCAGUGUGUAUGCAGACGUACGCGUCCCAACGCAGAUCGAGGCUGCGAUCGCAGAGACGAUCGAGAAGCUGGGUCCUACGCUCUUCGUCAGCGUCGCAAACGCGGGCGUCACGCAGGUGAAGCCGCUCCUGGAGUGCACGCCCGAAUUCAUCGAGAACGAAGUGCGGAUUAACUUGCUCGGGCUCAUGAACACCCACAUCUUCGCUGCCAAGCAAAUGGUGAAGCAAGGCUUCGGCGGGCGCAUCAUUGGCGCUGGCUCCAUCGCCUCGUACCGUACCGCAGAGAACCUCGGGCCGUACGGCGCGACCAAAUUCGCCGUACGCGGCUUCACCGAAGCGUCAGCGAAGGAGUGGGCCGAGUACGGCAUCAGAGUGAACGCGUAUGCCCCCGGGAUUGUCGACACGCCCAUGUGGGACCACAUUGACCGCGAGCUCGCCAGGAUAGAAAACAUCUCACUCGGCGAGGCCAAGGCGAGGCGUGUGAAGGAGUCCGUGAAGCUGGGGCGCAUCCAGGAGCCCGAGGACGUCGCGAAGCUAGUAUCGUUUUUGGCAUCCGAAGAGGCAGAGUACAUCACCGGGCAGACGAUUAAGACGUGCGGCGGCGCAUCGCUGUAG